CAAUUAUGUUUCCUUUUUUUGUAGAUGUUAUAAAUAAUUAAGCUACAGGAUGCAGAAACGAAAUAUAGUGUCAUGGUUGGAGCGGCGAGAGACUGUUUUUGAUAUAAAUCGUUCAUUUGAAAGGAAUUUACAAGUUAAUACUCCAUUUGCAAGAAGACUUGGUUUGGAACAGGAACUUGAGGGUCAUUCUGGAUGUGUUAAUUGUUUACAAUGGAAUGAAAGUGGAGAACUACUGGCAUCAGGUUCAGAUGACUUUCAAAUUAUUGUAUGGGAUGUUUGUAGGCGCAUGCGCAAAUAUAAAUUAGAUUCUGGACACCAAGGAAAUAUUUUUGCAGUUAAGUUUCUUCCGUACUCCAAUGACAACACAAUUGUAUCAGCUGCUGCAGACGCUUCCGUACGAGUCAAUAGUGUGUCUACUGCAGAAUGCAUUAACCAUUUUGAGUGCCAUACACGCAGAAUAAAAAGACUUGCCAUUACAAAAGAAAGUCCUUUUAUAUUGUGGAGUGGGUCCGAAGAUGGUACUGUCAGAGAAUUCGAUUUGCGAGAACCACAUACGUGUCAAAGUAAUCUUCCUUGUUCGAACGUACUAAUAAAUUUAACUGGGCACAUUGGACCUGCAAGUGAAGUGAAGUGCAUUCAACUUCAUCCUUUAAAUCCUCAAUAUAUGGCAGUUGGUUGCAGCGAUCCCUUUGUUCGUCUUUUCGAUAGACGUAUGCUUACACUAUCCAACGUUAGUAAUUCCAAAACUAUAACUUCAAAUGACUUGCAACCCCCUCAUGGUUGUGUGAAUUAUUUUGCUCCUGGACAUUUACCGUCACGUGCAGGCCGCGUGAAGCAGAGAAGGAGGAGACAUUACGUCACAACUUUUGCUACUUUUAGUCCAGACGGUGAAGAGCUGCUCCAAAACUUAGGUGGUGAACAUAUUUAUAUAUAUAAAAUUAAUGAACCCAGAAAAGCCUUGACGUUUUUCUCACAUGAAGAGUCGAAUCAUAAAUGUAGCAAUUUCAAUGGCAUGAAUCAAACAAAAAAUAGAAUACAUAAGAAUGGACUUAACGGAUUAACUUCAACCUAUGAGAGCAGGAAACGUGAAUUGAAAAAAAUAGUCGACACAGAAAAUAAAGACUUACCUGAAAAAGCAUUAAUUUUAAAAUUAAGGGGAAAUGACGCUUUCUCUCAGGGAAAUUAUUUUGAAGCUGUUACUUGUUAUAAUGAUGCCCUGUAUUUAGUCCCUGACAGUUCUGUGUUGCAUGCGAACAGAGCGGCUGCUUUACUUAAACGUGCAUGGGAUGGCGACAUAUACGCAGCCCUGCGUGACAGUUUUACAGCUGUCAGCAUCGAUCCAAGUCACAGUAAAGCGUAUUAUCGUCAAGCAAGAUGUUUAUUUGAACUAAAAUGGUACGAAGAGGCUGACAACUGCUUGCAGUUGUUUAAAACCAAGUUUCCAGAGCAAGCUGAUGGAUAUUCAAUCAAAAAAUUGGAGAUGGAAGUUAAACAACUUAUUAAACAGCACGCUCCUAAAACUAAUGAGAACGCUGAAGACGGUAGUGAAUGCGAAACGCCGCGCCAUCGACGCAGAUUACCGCAUAGUGCAUCAAAUGAUGAUGAACGCUUUCGACGCGAAAGCUCGCGUGACUAUGAAUGCAGACUUUUAGGUGCAUCUAAUACAACAACAGAUAUUAAAGAAGCAAAUUAUUUUGGAAAUAAUGGACAGUUUGUUAUAGCAGGGAGUGAUUGUGGUUGCAUGUUAUUGUGGGAUAGGUCUACUACGAACUUGAUAGAGGCUUGGCAAGGAGACGAGUCUAUAGUUAACUGUGUACAGCCACACCCGUCAGUGUGUCUCGUCGCAUCAAGUGGAAUUGACCCUGUCGUCCGUUUAUGGAGUCCACGUUCCAGUGCUGACAACCUGACGGACGAACGUGCAAAAGAAGUGGAGGGGUUAGCACGUGCUAACCAGAAACGUAUGAAUACAGAUCCUUUGGAAGAAAUGUUAAGGACAAUGGGUUAUCAAGCAACUAUUGAUUCCAAUUCUGACGAUGAUGAUGACGAAGAAAAUUCCGGCAUGCAAUGCCGAACAAACUAACCCUUUUUUUUGAAACGAUUUGUUUAUUUGAGUCGUGUUUCUUAGUGUAUUUCUUCCAUUAGAUCAAUUGGUGGGGUUCAAAGGUGUCAGGAAUAACAAUCAAUCAGAGAAGUAUGCGUCGCUAGGCAUGCACUGAUCUUUUAUUUUUCAGCACCACAUUUCCACAAGUCUUCAAAAUUUCACAUGUAAAAGUAGUUCUCGAAUGUAUAGAGUAAACGGCAAAGGUGUGUUUAUGAUGAGAUUCAUCAUUCAAAGUGCA